UGUUCCUGUUCUUAUCUCAGGAUAAAGAAAGAGGGAUGAUAUACACAGCAAUCGACACCUUCUAUGUCACGGACGAGCAGCUAGCAAACUCACCUUCUAGAAAAGAUGGCAUAGAUGAAGCCACGGAGACCACCCUUAGAAUCUAUGGCUGUGAUCUUGUCCAAGAGAGUGGCAUUUUGCUUAGAUUGCCACAAGCAGUCAUGGCUACUGGGCAGAUUCUAUUUCAUCGUUUCUAUUGCAAGAAGUCGUUUGCACGGUUCGAUGUCAAGAAAGUUGCUGCAAGCUGUGUAUGGUUGGCUUCAAAACUAGAGGAAAAUCCUAGAAAAGCCAGACAAGUAAUUAUUGUUUUUCACAGGAUGGAGUGCAGGAAGGAGAACUUUCCCAUGGAGCAUUUAUACUUGUGUUCCAAGAAAUAUGUUGAUUUAAAAAUGGAAUUGAGGGUAACAGAAAGACAUAUUUUGAAAGAAACGGGAUUCAUUUGUCACGUUGAACCUCCUCAUAAAUUUAUACCAACCUACCUUGCUAUCCUUGAAACACCUCCAGAAUUGAGGCAAGAAGCUUGGAAUCUGGCUAAUGAUAGUUUGAGAACUACAUUGUGUGUUCGAUUUAAGAGUGAGGUGGUGGCUUGUGGAGUUGUAUAUGCUGCUGCUCGUAGGUUCCAUGUACCCCUUCCUGAGAACCCGCCAUGGUGGAAAGCAUUUGACGGGGAGAAAUCUGAGAUUGAUGAAGUCUGCAGGGUUUUGGCUCAUCUUUAUAGCCUUCCAAAGACACAAUAUAUACCAGUCUGCAAAGAUUCUAGAAUGUCUGAUGAUGAAUCGAAAGACAUGACAAAAGAGGAACACGUACUGAAGUCCAAGUCUGACUGUAGAAGUGAGGUCAUUGGCGAGACAUGUAAGGAUAAGGAUAGGAAUCGAGAUAGGAACAGGAAAAGAGAUAGAGAUAGAGACAUGUACAGAACAAAAUCAAGAGAUAGCGAUAGAAGAGACUCGAAUGAGGAGAAGCACUGAGAAAGCAGAGAGAGAGAGACAUUAUAACAAAGAAAGCCUGAGAGCGCCUGAAAGCGGGAGCCAAGCUCCAAAUAAAAAAAAUUUAAAAGGCAAAGGAGGGAAAGACAAAAAUGCUAAAUGAGUGGGAGGGAACAUGGGAUUUUCGUGUGU